GGGAUACGAGCUGUCGAGCAUCGAGAACUGGCAGUACACGCAUACGAGGCGGGCUGUUUUCGCGCAGUGAUAGGAUCUACCCCACUAUCCUGCACGUUGCCCUAGCCGCUGUCCCUCCGACGCGUCGCGGUUUCCCCCACCUUUCGUACCCACCCCCGCCUGUGUGCUUUUUCUUUCUCUCUCUGUUCCUCUUUCUUUCUACGUGUUUUUUUUUUUUUCGUCCUCUUCGCGCUGUGUGUGUUCGCCACCGGGCAAAACCCCUUUCGCGUCUGCUCCUCGCGCGCUUUCCUGAGAGAGCGGGGCAGUUUUCGUACGACGCGCCCUUCCGUUGAGAAUAUCGAGAGAGAAAGAGAGAGAGAGAGAGAGAGACAGGUAGAGAGAGAGAAAGGAAGUAGGGGGAAAUAGAGAGGGAAAAGCACACGAAUUGCGGUGCAAUCUGCUGCAACGAUGUGUGACAGACGAGGCUGAAAGUGCAAUCGAACGAUGGAAUUAAAGAGGCGCGAUCCGCCGCGGUUGGCCGCCUCGGGAAUUUCUGCUCGCGGAAGCAGUUGAGUGUAGCAUACGAACGAUUUCUCUUUGUUUCUCGACUGUUCUCCCUCGCGGGAAGAGACGAGAUAACAUCCCCAGCAAGUGCACCGAGUUAAUUUGCGAUAAGGGGGCGACUAUAUAACGUAACAUCGAGGAGAAGCUCACUUCGGUAAAGAGGCAAAAAAGCGGCCGCCAUGAAUAUAAAAGUUCGCUCGCAUUUCGAGUAAUCGGAAUGCGCCGGAUAUCCUUGUUUACCAGACGGCAACACACGCGGAAAAGCGCGGUCUUAUCGAAAUGCGCAAUUACACGGAGCAAUAAGCGAGAGAGACGAGAGAACAGUUUUUCCCUGCGAUACGAGAGAGGAAACGGUUGUUAUCGCCGAGACGAGAAAAAAUAAAUCGUUGCGACACAAUUAUCUUUAUGCGCUGCAGUAAAUAUAACUUAACGAAUCAAGAAACAAAAAUCAUGAAACGAAGAUAGAGCGAAAGGAGAGAGAAAUAGAGAUAGUCAAAGGAAACUUGAUAAUUUCACGAGUGGAAGAGAAGGUCGCUAAGAUGUCGAUCGAGUAGAGAAGCAGAAGACGUUUCCAUCCGACGAAUGCUGUGUGUCGCCGAUGAUUCAGUCGAGUAGAGCGCGGGCGGAGUCCCUUGACGUUGUGCACGUCGAAGAUGCUGCUGUUGCUGCUUGACAAACAAUACACUGCCCCGCCGGUGAGAAUCGGGUCGUCGGAUCGCCGUGGAACAAGCAGCUUGAGAAGCUGAAGAUGACGACGACGACGAACGGACAAAGACGCGACGACUCACGCCGUUAAGCUGAUAAUUUUCUUAUCACGCGCUAGUCAUCGCGUUGCCGCCGUCAUGGGGAAUGGCAUGAACAAGGUGCUUCCCGGUCUCUAUGUGGGGAAUUAUCAGGACAGCAAGGAUGCUGAUCAGUUGGAACGUUUCGAGAUCACGCAUAUCCUGGCCAUUCACGACACGGCUCGACGUUUACAUUCCGACAAACAUUAUCUGUGCAUCUUAGCCGCCGACAGUCCCGAUCAGAACUUGUCGCAAUACUUCUCUCUGUGCAACGACUUCAUUCACGCUGCACGUCUUCGCGGCGGAAACGUUCUGAUUCAUUGUCUGGCAGGGAUGUCGAGAAGCGUAACAGUGGCAGUGGCCUAUAUUAUGAGCAUCACGAAUCUUUCUUGGAAGGAGGCGCUCAAAGUUGUCAGGGUUGGUCGUUCGAUUGCGAAUCCGAAUGUCGGUUUUCAACAGCAGCUCAAGGACUUCGAGGCCAGCCGCUUGCAAGACGAACGUCGUAGACUGAAAGAGCGAUUUCCCAGCCUCGCUCUGGCCGAGUCCGACGCCGAGGAGUGCAGAUCGACUCUGAGAAAUUACGAAACGAUGGCCCUGGCGAGAGAGGUGUGCGAGGGAAAAUGCGCCUUGGGACGCACUUGCCCGAGCGGUUUGUGUCGUCAAGCUUCCAAAAGAUCCCCGAGAAGGAAGUCGUCCACCAGCAGUGUGGGAAGCGCGUCCGGCAGAACACCCCCGCAAACACCUCGGAUGCUACCGUCCGCGCCACCCUCACCUGCCAUGCACAGAUCGGCGAGCGUUGUGUCCGCGCUGAGACCGAGAAGCGGACCGGCAGGAUUGCAAUCCUACACCGGAGGAUCCGCUCCACCUUCCAGGGCUGUGUCGAGAGUGGAUCUGUCAGCUGCGGUCGCCUGCAGCAGCAGCAGCAGCGGCAGCAACGCCAAUCUGUCCGCUUUGGGCAGAUCGAGCGCGUUUUCCGGCAGCAAUUGGCGUUUGACCGCCGGAUCGGCGCCGAACACGCCGAGACCGACGCCGCCGGUUUCGCCGCAACGCUGGCCGAGACGGCUCUCGAAUCGGCAAACGCCGCAGUUACCGAUAUCGUCGGAGUCGCAUCCCUCGUCAAUGACGUAGCAGAGGGAAGCGCGCGGCUCGCUGACGAGUCUGCUGGAAUAGUUUAAACAAAAGAAAAAAAAAAUAUCGGCGAGGCGCUCAAGAAUCCUUUAAUGAUCCAGACGGGAUAUAAUUUAAAACUUAUUAUUAUUGUUAUUGCUUCGACAUUAAAUACGGGAGAAAAGCUCGGGGGGGAAGAGGAGGCGCGAGAAAAUGUCCGUGUUUUUUUUUUUUUUUUUAAUUAAACGAAGACGUGCCUGCUGUUAAUAUCUCGCAUUCGAGACAAUCGGGAUGUUUUAGUGGACGUUCGGACGAACGACGGUGAAGUUUUUGCGAACGGUCGCGCGUAAAUUAACGCGUCGUUUGUUUGUACUUACUUAUAAAUCGAGGAAACGUUGACACAUCAAAUGCGUAUACAUAUCGCAUUGCUGGAAAUUGUUGGUGAUACUAAUCGGUACAAGUAGUAGUUACACGUUGUUGCUUAUAUUUAACAAAAAUAAAAAAAAAUAAAAAAUAAAACAAAAAAGGUGCUUUCGUCGUCGAUCGGGGACGCGAGAACGAUGAGACUCUCUUCUUGUACAACAGGAAAAUAUAUUUUGUAUAUAUUUUAUGAAAAUGGGUCAGUUUUAAUCAUCUCAUUAUUUUCCGGUUUAAUUAGUUGAGGAAUACGAGAAAUCCGCGUAUCCUCUCGUCACGUUACACAUCUCGUCGGUGAUUUUGUUAUUUGAUAAUAAAUACCACACGUAAUUCAUAUAUUUAUUUAUAUACAUUUAAAUAUAUAAUUACGUAU